AUGGCGUCGCGACUUCCCGAUAGAACAGGCUCGAAACGAAGCCGAUCUCGAUCGCCAUCGCGUCAACCCCAGAAACUUCCCCGCAGAUACGACCAGAGGGACGAACGCUAUGACUCUGGCAGACGGAGAGAAGAAAGACGUGGACUGUCACACCCUCCACCGCGGAAUAUGAAGGAUCAGGUGCGCUUGAAUCAACUGCAAGAGGAUGAAAAAGUGCGAGAGUGGGUGGCGCAGGAAGACGUGUUCGUUCUCAAACAGGCCAAAAAGAAAGCGGAGAUUCGAGUGAAAGAUGGUAGGGCCAAGCCGAUAGAUUGGCUUACCGUCACUCUACGGGUUAUCGAUCCUACAAGAAACCCCCUUGAUGAUGAGAUUGUGGACUCAGAGCUCGACCUGGUGGAUCCGGAUGGCGUUUUCGAGGGAUUGUCGGCAGCCGAAUUGCUCGAAUUGGAAAAGGAUAUCGACACAUUUUUGAGCCUCGAAUCGAACCCUCAAAAUAGGGAUUUCUGGAAGACCAUGAAGGUUAUUUGCCAUGACCGCCAAAGGACUGCCGCUCCCGAAGGGCGUGCUCUCAGCUCCGUCGCCACGGAUAUUAAUAAGGUAUUGAGUCCAAAAACAUACGAGGAGCUCCAGACCGUCGAGGUGCAGGUUAGGAGGAAGUUGAAUUCGAACGAACCGAUCGAUACCGAUUACUGGGAAGAACUCCUGCGCAGUCUCACGGUUUGGAAAGCCCGCGCCAAACUAAAGAAUGUCUAUCAAGCCGUUAUAGACGAACGUGUUCGGGGCCUUCGCGAACAACAGUGCGAGGAAGCAGAAUCAGUGCGAGCGAAACUAGCUCCUCUGGCCCCGGAGGUUCAAACAACUUCAGGUGAUAAGCUCCCGCCUGAUGAGCGAGAGUUCCAUGGUCUUGAUCCUGAUCCAUUACUUCAAAUCCGCCCGGAAGACAAAGUUUUAGAGAUAGUGGAUGAAACAGCGUUUUUGAAUCAAGUAGCCCGUGAGCGUCAAAAAAUCCUGAAGAUGGGGUUCGUCCCUCUCCGCCAGCGACAUACCGAGAAACCUUCUGCUACUCCGGUAAACCAGACAUUAAAUGCGCCAGUGGCUACAGCUCCGUCUCGCUUCUCAUCUAUCCCGAACGAGGACUUUUCCCAAGCGACAAAGGCCCUCUAUGAAAGGGAGCUCGCAAAAGGUGUUAGUGAAAACGAGGAGAUUUUUACGGGCGAGGAGGCCGUGAGCACAAGCUCACGCCCUCACUGGGCGAACAAAUACCGACCGCGGAAACCCCGGUAUUUCAACCGAGUGCAGAUGGGCUAUGAGUGGAACAAGUAUAAUCAAACGCACUAUGAUCAUGAUAACCCGCCACCCAAGGUCGUCCAGGGCUACAAAUUCAACAUUUUCUACCCCGAUCUUAUCGAUAAGACCAAGGCUCCAACAUAUCGUAUAGAGCGCGAGCAUGGAAGAAAACGUGGCCAGUCAUUCGCCGCUGCCGGGGAAGAGGAUACUUGUCUAAUUCGAUUCAUGGCGGGACCACCGUAUGAAGACAUUGCAUUCCGAAUCGUCGAUAAGGAAUGGGACUACAGCGCUAAAAGAGAGAGAGGGUUCAAGAGUACUUUCGACAAGGGAAUUUUGCAAUUACACUUCCAAUUCAAACGAAUUUAUUAUCGGAAGUGA